AUGGUCAUUUCUGGGCUCAAACGGAAAUCGGAGCAUGUCUCUACCCCAGACUUGAAGAAGCCCAAGGGUGGCAGCAUCACUGCUUUCUUCGGAGCUCCAAAGUCCGAACCUUCAAGCACACAGUCGACUAAUGGGUCCCCGGCUCCGGCCCCACGAUCAAGCACUUUCAACAAAGGCAAAUGGGUAGCCUCCUUGACACCCGAACAAAAGGAGCUCCUGCAAUUGGAGAUCGAUACCCUGGAUGAAAGCUGGCUAGCUCACUUGAAGGAUGAGGUGGUGACCACAGAGUUUCUUAACUUGAAGAGAUUCCUCAAGAAGGAGAAGGACACCAAUGUUAAGGUCUUCCCGCCAGAAGAAGACAUCUAUUCCUGGUCCCGACACACACCUUUGCACACCGUUAAAGUGGUAAUUAUUGGCCAGGAUCCCUAUCACAAUCAUAACCAAGCCCAUGGCUUGUGCUUCUCCGUCCGAGCCCCUGUCCGAGCCCCACCGUCGCUGGUCAAUAUCUACAAAGGAAUCAAGGUUGACUAUCCUGACUUCGAGGCGCCAGCUGAUAAAGGUGGGCUUCUCACUCCUUGGGCCGAGCGUGGCAUUUUGAUGCUCAACACAUGCCUCACUGUUCGUGCCCACCAGGCCAACAGCCAUUCCAACAAGGGAUGGGAGAAGUUCACACAAAAAGUUAUCGAUCUCGUUGCUCGGGUUCGAACCAAGGGGGUAGUGUUCCUUGCUUGGGGCAGACCUGCUGGAAUGCGAGUCGCCAAGAUCAACAGAGAGAAGCAUUGCAUCUUACAAUCGGUGCAUCCGAGCCCGCUGAGUGCGCACCAUGGCUUUUUCCAAAACGGACAUUUCAAGAAGUGCAAUAAUUGGCUUGCAACGCGGUAUGGUGCGGACGAAAUCAUUGACUGGAGCUUAGUACCGACCAAAAAGGUCGCCUCGGCUCCAACUUGUACUUCAGAUAAGGAGAAUUCCACUACUCUGAUUAACAAAACCGCAGCCGAGCCUCAGUCUGCAAAGGUUGCGGAGGUCAAGGCCAAGCCAGCCAACGUUGAUGAAUUUGACGAUGACGAUGCUAUAGAAGCCUUGAUUGCAGCUGAAUCAGAGGAUCCUUCUUCAGAUCCGGUUUAA